AUGGAACAAAAGAGUACUUUGGCGUGGUAUUGGCGAGAGAAAGAGGCCCCGACGUAUGCAAGGUGGUAUAAUGGAAGCCUGAGAGGCGAUCUCUUUCGAGCGAGGGCACAGUGUAUGGAUGUGAAUGCAGGGAGUUACAGAUGGUCCGAGUCCAGCAGCGAAGUGUGCCAGACGUGUGACAUGGGAGAGGAUGAGACGGUGGAGCGUGUGGUGCUGGAGUGUGUGAAGUAUGCCAGAGACAGGAAUGAGAUGAUGCAAGUGGUGCUGAGGGAACUGGGGAACGUCACAGUGGAGAAGACAGGAAGGGAGUGGAUGGUGUUGCUGCUGGGACUCUUGCGCCUGUGUCUGAGCUGGCCUGGGUCACCUGUGGUCACGUGGCGGAGUGGCGGCGCCUCCCUGGGCUCACCUGAGGGCGUGCAGGAGAACAGACGCGGUGAAAGAGCAAGGCCAGACUGGCAAGUCCUCCUGUCCAUUGUGCCCCAGAGCCUCUCAGAUCAGUGGCUGGCAAGUCCUCCCAUCCUCUCUGCCCCAGAGCCUCUCAGGUGCAAGGUCAGUGUGCAUCCUUGGUGCAGCCCCAGGGUUCCUGCAGGACCAGCCACGGCCAGGAGCAGCAUUGCAAUGGAGCGUGCAAGGCCAGGCAGCAGCAGCAGCAGCAGCAGCAGUAGUAGUAACAGCCUGGAGCAGCAGGUGACCCAAGGCGGGAGGACCUACACUUGUGACCACUGUGGCAAAGUGUGCUCCACCAAGGCUGCCAUUGCCAGACACGUCCUCUCCCAUGCCAGCAAGACAAGGCUGAGAGGCAGGAGUGGCCCCGCUGAACACACUGCCACCCACACUGGUGGCAGGAACCACAAGUGUGACCUCUGCAGGAAGACAUUUGUCCGGAAGAGUCAUCUUGCAUCACACAUCCUCACCCACACUGGGGAGAGACAGUUCCAAUGCCUGGAGUGUGGGAAAAGAUUUAUCCAGAAAGGUGAUCUUGACAGACACAUCCUCACCCACACUGGGGAGAGAAAGUUCCAGUGCCUGGAGUGUGGGAAAAGAUUUACCCAGAAGGGUUCCCUUAACACACACAUCCUCACCCACACUGGGGAGAGAAAGUUCCAGUGCCUGGAGUGUGGGAAAAGAUUUACCCGGAAGGGUUCCCUUAACAGACACAUCCUCACCCACACUGGGGAGAGAAAGUUCCAGUGCUUGGAGUGUGGGAAAAGAUUUACCCGGAAGGGUUCCCUUAACACACACAUCCUCAACCACACUGGGGAGAGAAAGUUCCAGUGCCUGGAGUGUGGGAAAAAAUUUACCCAGAAAAGUGAUCUUAACACACACAUCCUCAUCCACACUGGGGAGAGAAAGUUCCAGUGCCUGGAGUGUGGGAAAAGAUUUACCCAGGAGAGUCAUCUUAACACACACAUCCUUACCCACACUGGGGAGAGAAAGUUCCAGUGCCUGGAGUGUGGGAAAAGAUUUACCCAGAAGGGUUCCCUUAACACACACAUCCUCACCCACACUGGGGAGAGAAAGUUCCAGUGCCUGGAGUGUGGGAAAAGAUUUACCCGGAAGGGUUCCCUUAACACACACAUCCUCACCCACAAUGGGGAGAGAAAGUUCCAGUGCCUGGAGUGUGGGAAAAGAUUUACCCGGAAGGGUUCCCUUAACACACACAUCCUCACCCACACUGGGGAGAGAAAGUUCCAGUGCCUGGAGUGUGGGAAAAGAUUUAUCCAGAAAGGUGAUCUUGACAGACACAUCCUCACCCACACUGGGGAGAGAAAGUUCCAGUGCCUGGAGUGUGGGAAAAGAUUUAUCCAGAAGGGUUCCCUUAACACACACAUCCUCACCCACACUGGGGAGAGAAAGUUCCAGUGCCUGGAGUGUGGGAAAAGAUUUACUCGGAAGGGUUCCCUUAACAGACACAUCCUCACCCACACUGGGGAGAGAAAGUUCCAGUGCCUGGAGUGUGGGAAAAGAUUUACCCGGAAGGGUUCCCUUAACACACACAUCCUCAACCACACUGGGGAGAGAAAGUUCCAGUGCCUGGAGUGUGGGAAAAGAUUUACCCAGAAGUGUACUCUUGACAGUCACAUCCUCACCCACACUGGGGAGAGAAAGUUCCAGUGCCUGGAGUGUGGGAAAAGAUUUACCCAGGAGAGUAAUCUUAACACACACAUCCUCACCCACACUGGGGAGAGAAAGUUCCAGUGCCUGGAGUGUGGGAAAAGAUUUACCCGGAAGGGUUCCCUUAACACACACAUCCUCACCCACACUGGGGAGAGAAAGUUCCAGUGCCUGGAGUGUGGGAAAAGAUUUACCCAGGAGAGUCAUCUUAACACACACAUCCUCACCCACACUGAGGAAAGAAAGUUCCAGUGCCUGGAGUGUGGGAAAAGAUUUACCCAGAAAGGUACUCUUGACAGACACAUCCUUACCCACACUGGAAAGAAGAAGAGAAAACAGCCAAAAUCAUAGCUGUUGCAGUCCCCGGUGACUCCGGCCUCAGUAGAGCUGAAAGGCACAAAACUACAAAAUAUCACGACCUAAAAAGUGACCUGGGAACAACAUGGUCGCCGAUGGACACCGGUAUAAUACCAGUGGUGGUGUGGGCGACAGGGCUAAUGAAGAAAACCUUGAGAGCUGCCUGGAGGCAAUCCCCGGUCGCCCAAGUGCCCACGAAGUACACACAGCUGCGGUCAAGGGAACGGUCGCCACGCUGAACAGACCCCUCGGAUGCAAUGCCGGCGCUGCUGAGGGUGUGACCGCUAACACCAGGCUUGGAGCCCAUUGCACUCACCAGACAACAAAACAGGAAAGUGCAGAAAACGGGGAGAGAAUGUUCCCGUGCCUGCAGUGUGGGAAAAGAUUUACCCACAAAGGUAAUCUUAACACACACAUCCUCACCCACACUGGGGCUUGUACAAACUCAGUGCACCCUGAGUGUAGGAAGACAGAAGGAAGCAGAAACAGAAGGAUCUGCUCUGAACCACCCUGGAGAGAGAAACUGCAGCAGAGGAUCACCCAUCAAAGAGAAGAAAUCUGGCAGAUAACAAGCUUCCUGCAAGACCAAAACGACACAAGGAGCCUCCUCAAGAAAACAGACAGAAUGACAGGAAGGCGCAGCGCAAGCAACGGCCGGCCGGGCGGAAGACCGGCAGGGGCCGAGCCCCAGCCGAAGCCUUGCCACCACAAAUGAGGACAAAGACAAGAAAAUAAAGGCCAGAAAGAUGAAGAAGCAGCUUGCAGAAAAGCCAGGGGUGGUGUGCAGGCACAUGGCAAAGACCUCAACAGAAGUACAAGACACACCCGAGAAAGAAGUGGCCGAGGGAUGCUGCAGGCCACUGCUGGAAGACCCCACGCAGCAUCAGGCAGCCCCGGGGAUACAGACCACCACGGUUAAACACACAAGUAAACAACAACAAUGCCAGCUGUUCAACUUACACAGGAAGGUCUGCUGAGAAAGAGAGUGAGUCAGUGCAGCAAGUUUGAGGCUCCAGGUGUAGACAAAGCCCCAAGUUUUGGGUCAGAAAGAUUACACGAGUGCACCGUUCCGUGCACUCGUUUGUACCAGACUACAGAAAGGAAAAGAGGAGCCCCCACAAUGGCUGGCCACUGGAAACACCAGCCUGCCACCAAACGCCAGCCAGACACAGAGCCAUUCGCUGCUUGUUAACAACACGCAGGUGGCCGACAGAGACACCGGUGUGGAGUUUGGUCUGGUGGAGUGCUCCACAUGCACCGGCAGGACUGGCAAGAAGGUAGCACCAGAAACACACACACUGGUGAACAGGACUGCAUUCAACACCUUGCCAUUCAACACCUUGCUUAACACUCCACAUGCAAGUGUUUGGGAACACAAGAGAAUGCCACACUACAACACAAAAAAUGAGAAAAACAAUCAAGAAAGAAUUACCAAAACACCUUGAAAAAGAUUCGCAGGUCAGAACUAACACCAAAAAAACAAGACUACUGCCACAAACCAGCUGGCAGUACCAGUAGUGACUUGUGGGUGUGGUGUGGUGUGGUGACUGGCCACAAGACUACUGCCACAAACCAGCUGGCAGUACCAGUAGUGACUUGUGGGUGUGGUGUGGUGUGGUGACUGGCCACAAGACUACUGCCACAAACCAGCUGGCAGUACCGCUAGUGACUUGUGGGUGUGGUGUGGUGUGGUGACUGGCCACAAGACUACUGCCACAAACCAGCUGGCAGUACCAGUAGUGACUUGUGGGUGUGGUGUGGUGUGGUGACUGGCCACAAGACUACUGCCACAAACCAGCUGGCAGUACCAGUAGUGACUUGUGGGUGUGGUGUGGUGUGGUGACUGGCCAAAAGGUUUAUUCUGAAAUGUAAUCUUGACAAACAUCCUCACCCACACUGUGGUAAGGAAGUACAGGUGUGGUGUUUGUGGCAGUGUUUCUGUAGGAAGAGUGGUGUUGCCAGACACAUCCAAACACUCCUGUGGGGGUGAGGUGUUGUGGAUGUGCUGGUGGUGUGUGAGGGACUUGGAGUGACUAGUGUUUGUGUGUUGUUACUUUGUACUCAAGUGUUGGAAUAAACUUUUGUUGCUAGAAUGCUGAGUAAUGUUGUUAUACAGUAAAUAAUGUGUGUGUGUGUGUGUGUGUGUGUGUGUGUGUGUGUGUGUGUGUGUGUGUGUGUGUGUGUGUGUGUGUACAAAA